AUGUUGCAAGUCCCACAGAGCAACCCGGAAAGUGCGGUCUGCCGGCCAAUGGGAGCUAAAAAUAUUCCAAACUUCCGUGGCCUUGCGUACGCAACCCCUCUGGGUUUCACACAUUCAGAUCCGCCGCUGCCGCCAGUGCUACCGCCCCGAGCCCAGAAUAUUCGGCACUCACGCAAGGUUCAGUCAGUUUGGUGGGUGCCAGACAACCGCAAUCCCAGGCUCGCACAGGGAACAUGUGCAGGUGGUGUGAACCCACCAAUCGGCGUCGUAUCAUCAGCUGCCCAGCAACGGGCGACAAUCCCAUCCGCGACUUAUGAGCAUGAAAAAGGCCUAGCAGCCCAACACCCUCGACAGCCGUAUCAACAGCCAGGAAAACCGGAUUCAGACUUGGCGAGUGGACGGAGACAGCAGGAGAUUAAAGCAAUUGACAAUUCCCAGCGCUUGGCUUAUGACAUCCCGCGACUUGAGGUCGAGCCAGAGCGCACUCCAGCCGAACAGAGUGUCGAACUUGCGAGAUCCCAAACGCAGCCUACUAUGCCUCAGACAAAACUGAAGAACUUCUUUAUGAAAUUCGGUUUGCUUACUCUCCUUUCGCGAGGGAGAUGGUCCAAGUGCAAGAACAGCUAA